GAUUUUGUAAUAACCGUAUAACAGCGUACACUCAUAAUUGGAAAUAUUACUUUGGGGGAGGGGUCAUUUUUGUUGGUGUAUUCAUAAUAAAACUAAUCACAGUUGGUUGACUUCAAACCUUUUUCAUCUUUUAACAGUUGUCAUGGAUGAUGAAGACGGCAGGUGCCUUCUAGAUGUAAUUUGUGACCCAGAAGCUCUCAAUGACUUUCUUCAUGGAUCUGAGACCCAUGGCCAUGUUCCAGAGGUCCAGCCUGCAGUCCAGGUGUCGGCCAAUGAGCCAACAGGCCUGCCCAGAGUCAGUGUUGACCUGGACUUCCUGGAGGAUGAUGACAUCUUGGGUGGAUCCCCGGGUGGUGAAGGUGGGAGCAAUGGCAUUGGGACAAAUCACGAGCCAUGUGACAUCCUGCAGCAGAGCUUGGCCGAAGCCAACAUCACAGAGCAAAGCUUACAAGAGGCAGAGGCUGAGCUGGACCUGGGCUCCUUUGGGAUUCCAGGCCUUACGCAGGUGGUUCAGACACUGCCUGAUGCCAGCCUCUCUGGGGCUGGAGGCCCUGCUGUCGGUGUAGGCAUAGGUGUUGGGGGAGCAGCAGCGAUUUUCUCUGGGUCAGCCCAAAGCACCACUGCUACUCCUCCCAAUGCCACGGCUGACAUGCUAGGGUCAGUGCUCGCUCAGCAAGGCCUCCAGCUCCAACCCCAGGUCAUGAACAAGGCAAUUAGCGUUCAGCCAUUUAUGCAGCCUGUAGGCCUGGGAAAUGUAACGCUUCAACCCAUUUCAAGUCUCCAAGCUCUUCCUAACGGGAGUCAGUCUGGACAUUUGGGUAUCGGACAGAUUCAGGUUGUGGGUCAGCCCACAGUCAUGACUAUCAAUCAGUCUGGGCAGCCAAUCCUGGCUAAAGCUAUGGGUGGUUACCAGCUGCACCAGUCUGGGCCAGAGGUAUCAGGUGCUGGUUCUCAGGCGGGGCUUGGAGGCACAGGAGGUGGACUUCUGAUCCAAGGUAACAAAGCCACUUUGGGAGCUCCAGCUUUAAAUGGACCGGCUGUUUGUGUUAGCAGCACAAACAGCAGCAGUGGCGUUACCAUGACUGCUCCUGCUGGACUUGUGGGCUUUGGAAGCUCCCCUCUAAGUUCAGGAAUUGGACCCCAGUCACAAACUCAAGGCCAAAUCAUGCAGAACGUGAUCAUUCAGCGCACACCAACACCCAUUCAGCCUAAACCCCCUCAGGGGGGAGCCAUCCAACCGAAACUGUUCAAACAGCAACAACAGCCACAACAGCCACAGCCAGCGCCCCAACCCCUGCAAAACGAUGCCCACAAGGCUCUAGGGCUACAGCAAAUUCCAGUUUCUGCUGCCCAGAAUGUAGCCUUCCUGACUGGAAAACCAGGCUCAAAUGUUGUCCUGAGUACUCAAGCCACAACACAAGGUCCUCAGUUUCAACAAGCGCUGUUCAAGCAACAAGGUGGACAACCAUCUGGCAAGCCCCUCAGCGUACACUUAUUAAAUCAAUCAGGCAGCAUCGUUAUUCCCUCUCAGACAGUUCUACAAGGUCAGAACCACCAGUUUCUCCUACCACCAAUACAGGCAGGUGGGCAGAUUCUGACCCAGCACCCCGGGGGCCACAUCAUAACGAGUCAGGGUCCUGGUGGACAGCUCAUUGCAAACCAGAUUUUAACUGCUAACCAGAACAUCAACUUGGGCCAGGUGUUGACUUCACAGGGUCAUUCCGGGGCUGCUCACAUCCUCUCUGGACCCAUCCAGCUCCAGUCUGGGCAGAUGGGCACACCCACCCUCUUUCAGAUGCCUGUCUCAUUGGCUCAGAGUCAAAGCCAGACACAGACCCACACGGUCUCAGGUCAUGCCCAGACAGUCAUACAGGGCAUGCCAAUACAGAACUCCCUGACCAUGCUGAGUCAAGUGGAGGGGUUGAGUCCCGCGGUCAGCCUUCAGCCAGCCCUGCAACCCCAGCCAGGUGGAGUCCCUAGCAGCAGCAGCACCGGAGCAGCGAACAUGGCUCAAGGCCAGCCUGGAGAGUGUGUUACUGUGCUAGGAAGCUCCACAGAUCAGGCUGCUCAUCCCACUCAGCAGCAUGUCCCACAGUCCUCUAUCCUCGCCAUGCAACCGACUUCCUCUGUGUCCACGGCUACCACAGUACCCGCCUCUUCUCCGUCCAUGUCUGUGUCCACCUCUUCCUCUGUGACAGCAGUGGGGCUGGUCCCCCCUCAGGCUCAGCACAGUCCAGGGAGGUUACUGUUCACCAACUCAAGCAUGAUCCUGAGCCAGGAGUCUCUGCAGAUGUUUCUGCAACAGGAGCAGCACCACCAAACAGAGAAUGAGUCAACCCCCUCUGUGGGCGUACCAGCGUCUGUAAUCGUCAGCAGCAACAACAUCACUACUCCAGCCCCCGCUGUCCAUGACAGCCAAUUAAGUGACUCUUGGGUGGGUCAGAGCCACAGCCCUUCCCCUGGCCUCUCCCACAUGACAGCAGUGGUAAAGCAGGUACCCUCCAGUGGACAUCAGCAGCCCCUGAAGAUCCAGGCUAUGUCCCCUUCACCGGCCUUGACCAGUCACCCCACCGCCCCCCCAGUGGCAGACAGCCCCCAGCCUUCCCAGUCUCCUCUUACUCUGAGCCAGCACAUCCAGUCACCACACAAUCAGCAGCAGUCGCGUCCUCCCUCUCAGCCUCAGCCGCAGUCUCAAACUCCUUCCCGCUCAUGCACACCCUCGUCUCACCCGCAACUCUUUAUAGUCCACAACCAAAUCGCAGAGUCCCCCCAACCAGCUCUGCAAGGCCAACCGCAGCAGACGCAGCCCCAACAGACCCACAUUCAAGUUCAGCUUCAGUCACAGCCCCGGCCCGCCUCUCAACCGGCCCCCUACCAACAAGAACAACCUCCUAUGUCCUCCCAGUCGCCCAAGCCUCCUCCUGCACCGCCUGUACAGCACCAAUUCACUGCGCCGCCUGUCAGCACUUCUGCCAGCGCUGUGGUGAAAGCCCAGGUUCCCCUCCAGGGCCUGACGGCAGAGCAGCAGCACCACCUGCAAUUAGUAGGAGCGCAAAUUCAGACCCUGUCAACCAUCACCCAACCCUCACCUCAGCAGAAACAGCUGCUGGACAAGCUGCACCAGGUCCAACAAAACAUUCUGCUGCAGGCCAAGCAGUCUGCUCAGCCUCUGCCUCAAGCAACCAGUCAGUUCAGCUCCCAGCAAGACGUGCCUGUCGACAAUGUGGUGAUAACAUCAUCGGUCAGCGCUGGCACACCUGCUCAGCUUCCCUCAGUGCUGCAGCCGACGUCAGUGCUCGUCAAAACUCCUGCUACAGCCUCAAGUGACUUAAAGGUAUUCUCAGGAGCCCAAGGGCCAGCUGGAGCAAUGGUGAAUCAGACUGUCACUCCUGCCAGCCUUACCCAGCCUGCACAGGUUCAGCCAAAGCCAGGAGUGAUCAGCUCAGUUGGAGGGAUGACUCUGGGGAAAGGUGGGAUGCAGAUACAGGUGUUGGGAACUAGUCUGACUCAAAUGCCUGCUCCUCAGCCCCCUGCUCCUGUACAAACUCAGACAACAAUGAAGAUGCCUUUCAGUGCAGAGCCCAGCAAAGAAGCAAGGAUGCUAGAACAGCUGAGGAAACAGCAAGGUUCAGUGCUCCACCCAAACUACAGUGCUCCUUUUCACUCUGUUGAGGACACACUGCACAGACUGCUGCCUUACCAUCUCUACCAGGGAACUGCCAACUCUUCUCAAGACUAUCAAAGAGUGGAUGAUGAAUUUGAGAAGGUCUCCGGCCAGCUGCUGAAAAGGACCCAGGCCAUGCUGGAUAAAUACCGCUACCUGCUCUUUACAGAGUCAAAGAGAAUGGGCCCUUCGGCUGAGAUGGUGAUGAUCGACCGGAUGUUCAUUCAGGAGGAGAAGAUUGCAUUAAGUCAGGACAGGAUUUUGGCCAAGGAGAGACCAGAGGAAUUUAUGGCAAACGCUCGGAUGUUGGAGAGUGUAAUUUCAUCACAACAGAAAGUACCCUCUUCUGAGCCCACCUCAGUAACUGGGGGAGUAGCAGCUGCUCCUGCUGCUGCCGCCCUCGCUGGCCCUGCUCCAGAACCGGCAGCUCCUGCCCCAGCCCCUCUUCCAAGCAUUACCCCAAAUCCUCCUCCUCUUACACCCACCCCUGCUCCUGCUCCUGCUCCUGUUCCUGUUCCUGCUCCUGCUCCUGCUCCUGCUCCUGCUCCUGUUCCUGCUCCUGCUUCUGCUCCUGCUCCUGCUGUGGCGCCUCCCCCUGCCCCCAUCCCUUUCCCCCCAACAAAACUGGUAAUAAAGCAGGGUGGAGGUGGAGCGUCCGUGUCCUGGUCCAGCAGCUGUCCAACACCUCCGGCUGCAGCCUCCAGACAGGUGUCUGAACCCGUCAGCCAGAGCUCCUCCUUCGGCCGUACUCCAGCAGCAUCGACCUCUCUUUCCUCCUCCUCCUCUUCCUUCAACUCCCAAGCAGCCGAUGAUGACGACGACGCGCUCCCGCAGCGAACCAGCAAACCACCUAUGAAGACCUACGAGGCUCGCAGGAGAAUCGGCUUGAAGCUGAAGAUCAAGCAGGAUCAAACGGGGUUCAGCAAGGUGGUCCACAACACUGCCUUAGACCCAGUGCACACACCUCAACCUCAGCAGAGCAGCCAGUCCAUUUCUCAGACUCAGCCUGAAGUUACUGUACCACACCCAAAGUCCUACCCUUUAUCGACCCCUCCCGCCACCGUCAUCAGGACUCAGUCGCCCAUUUGUACUGCGUCUUCAUCCUCAACAGGCAGUACAGCCACCACCCAGUCUAACCCACCAUUGAGAAGUAGUGUUCCCACCAAUGCUGCCCCUUCUUCCUCUACCUCUUCCUCUCAUACUUGGUCGUCGUCCACCUCCUCCGCUUCCUCCUUCUCCUCGUCCACUCAGAUGAACGGGACGUUGGAUCAUCACGAUGUGGGUGGGGUCAAACACAAUCCCGCCUCCACUGCCACUCCCUCACAGACCACCUGUCGCCUGCCCCUUCGAAAAACCUACCGGGAAAACAUAAGUCCCCGGGUCAGACCUGGUGUCCCAGGGGGAGGAGACGAGAGCGUGUCCUACCCUAGACCCAUGCUGUCACCCCCCAGGCACGAGGGCUCAUCCUCUCCCUCAGAGCGGACAGUGAUAGCCAGCGUGAAGGUGGAGAAAAGAGGCAGGGAGGCUUUGCAUCCUCAUACGGGGUCGAGCCACGAAACGUGCCGUUUAGGGAGUGCAGUGCAGGGGCUGGACGACAUGGACGAGGUGUUUAACCACGGUAUCAAAACCACACAACACCAUCAUCUUCCACAGCUUAUGGACAGGGAAGGGGCAAAAGGGAGAGGCGAGGAGCACACAGACCAAGAGACAGAUGUAAGUAAAUACAAGAGGGCAAAAGGAAAAAACAGACAGAGGGCAGUCGGGACAUUCAGAAUGGACCAGCACGCCCCUGGGCCCCCCUCUCCAGAGUCCUCCUUAACACGAGACUCUUUGCUUCCUGCCAAACGCUGCAAGUCAGACUCCCCCGAUAUGGAUAACGCCAGUUUCUCCAGCGGCAGUCCUCCUGACGACUCUCUAAACGAACACCUGCAGUGUGCCAUUGACAGCAUCCUCAACCUGCAGCAGGAGCCCUCUGCCCGCGGGCACAGUAAAGGGGGCAGCAGCAGGCCCCACCAACACCAAAGCCAGCGCCCAGGGGGCUCUGCAGCCUCAUCCCACAGACCCUCAGUCCCAUCCUCCUCCUCGGCUUCCUCAUCCUCCUCCCUGGCCCAGCACCCUCAGGUCGGUGGCCGUGGCCACAAUGGCAGCCUGGUGCCCCAGACUCAAAGCAGAUAACAGCCCCUCAGCCCCAGGCCGGACUGACACAGGGGAACUAAGAGACAGACUUGGGGGCAAGGGAGGGUG